AUGGAUGUGGAAGCAAGAAGAAAAUUCUGUGGCUUACUUAUGUUUGACAUCCCAACAAUUUCUGACAAAUCACAGACAUCAAGAAACAACGAUAUCAUCAUUAAUAAUAUGUCAACGCAGGAAGUUGACACUUCCUCGUCAAAUCGCAAUUCUUUCUAUGAAUCCUCUCGAAAUGCAAGUUCAUUGAUGAAUUCAACAGAUCAACAAUUCAUUAUGCAAGAUGGUUUCUCGCAAAGUGGCGACUUUUCAACUACCACACGCGCUUUGGCUGCAGGUGCUGCUGCUGGUGAUGACCUUACAAAUCCUGAUUCUUCAAAUGCAACCGAUGGAGACACAAAGUCACAACCUCCAAAAAGGACACCCAGACCUCCAAACGCCUUCAUCCUUUACAGAAGAGAGAAACAACCGGCCAUCAUAGCAUCUCAAAGAAGCUUAACUAACGCCGAAGUAUCAAGGACAAUUUCAGAUAUGUGGCGUAAGGAACCUGAAGAUACACGGUUAAAAUGGGAAAGAUAUGCUGACAUGAAAAAAUUAGAACACAUGCAAACUUACCCAAAUUAUGUGUACAGACCCAACAAAAACAAGUCCAAGGUUGAUAAGAGAAGACAAAAUCGAAAACAGAGCACAAAAGAUUCAUCAACGAAUGUUUCAAAUGACCCUUCCAACUCUGAAAAUAAAACGACGGGUACCAAUGCGAUCGCUCGAAGAAAGUCAACAAAGAGCGCAAGUAGGCUCCCUUCUAAAUUGGACAUGCCCUUAUCAAUGAACAAUGGAAUGACCGGGUUUAAUAUGCAACCACAAUCUUCCUCGAUUUCACCUAUGAAUCAACAACAUCCACCUUCCGCGAUUUCGAUUUCACGCACCGAUACCAUGAACUCAACUUCCUCGUAUUCCACAAUACUACCAAGUCCCGAGAUGCCCUUAUUGACCACUCAUUUUACGGAUAGCCCCGAAGAUUACGUUACUUCGCAUUCCCAGUUCACCCCAUUAACCCCGAACACCCCCCUCACUCCCAUUUCAACCCCUGAACAAAUGCAAAUACGCGAACACGACUUCAAAAUCCGUCAACAACAGCAGUUCCAAAAUAGUUUAUUGCAUUUCGUCCCAGAAGAAUUGAAUUCCAUAAAUGGAUUAGCUUCUUUCCAUCAUCAUCCCACUAACGCUUUUCCUCAUCAAACGGUCGACCCGUUGGAAUUUUGCCUCGUCCCUGACGUUGAGCAACAACAGCAGCAAAUGAUGGCCGAGAUGAUGCUUCAUCAUGAGCAGCAUCAUAUCACCCCUACGUCAACUGUUCCAUCUUCAAAUAAUGGUUCUAUACAUGUCGCUUCAUCGAUUCCUGUUCAGUAUUACCCUAGUGGAUCGAACGCAGCUGCUGCGCUUAGCGGUAAUCAUUCAUUUACCGAAAUGCUCGGGUUCGAAUUUCAAAAUUUUUUGGGUGAAAAUCACCAUCAUAAUGGUAAUGGUCUUGACGUAAAUACUUCAGAUCACUACCUUCAAUGA